AUUCCCCCACCCCCACCACCCCAUCGCUCCCCCCCCACCCCGCUUUCCCCUUUCCCUUUCCCUUUCCCCCCUCGCAGGCUCCCGCUAGGGUUCCGCGCGGAUCGCCGCCUAGCUAGGGUUCCCGGCGAUGGCUGCCGCGGUGGUAGCCGCGGAGGAGGCGGAGGCGGCGCCUCCGGGAGCCGACGCGAUCAGGGACGGCUUCGCGGAGCUGGAGCGGCAGCAGGAGCUGCUGGCCAGCUGCACGCGCCUCUACCAGCAGCUCACGGAGCACUUCGGGUCCCUCGAGCGCGGCAUCAAGUCCCGCUCCGACUCGCUCCGCGCCAGGCGCCGCGUCGUCGAGCUCCGCGCCUCCCGCAGGCUCGACGCGCUCCGCCGCCGCGAGCGCUCCAUCGAGGCCUCCGUCUCGCUCGCGCUCUCCCGCCUCGACGCCCUCGCCAAGUCCCCCGCGCCGAAGCGGGACCGGGAGGACGGGGACGCCCCGCCGCCUCCUUCGUCCGACGACAUCGCCGACGGCCUCGCCGCGCUGUGCGCCGCCAUGGACCCCGCGGGCUUCCUCGCCUUCGUCGUCGAGCGCCGCAAGGAGGUGGACGCGCUCCGCGCCCAGCUGCCCGCCGCGCUACAGCGCUGCGUCGACCCUGCCAGGUUCGCCAUGGACGCCGUCUCCGAGGUCUUCCCCGUCGACCGGCGCGCCGUCCGGUCACCCACCGACCUGGCCUGGGCCUGCGUGCUCAUCCUGGAGGCGGUGGUCCCCGCGCUGGCCGACCCGGACCCGGAGAUUGGGGCCGCGCGGCCCAUGGUGCCGCAGGCGGCCCGCGACAGGGCGCGCGCCAUGGCCGCCGAGUGGAAGGAGGCCGCCGAGCGCAAGGGCGGGGUGGAGGGCGCCAAGCCGCCCGACGCCCACGCCUUCCUGCAGCACGUCGCCACCUUCGCCGUGGCGGAGAAGGAGGACAGGGAGCUCUACAAGAGGAUCGUCCUCAGCUUCUCCUGGCGCAGGCAGAUGCCGCGCCUCGCUCUCACGCUUGGCCUCGAGGAUGACAUGGAAGACAUCAUUGAAGAACUUAUCACAAAGGGGCAACAACUUGAUGCCGUGAACUUUGCAUAUGAGGCUGGUCUUCUGGAAAAAUUCUCUCCAGUCCCUCUUUUAAAAACCUACCUGGAGGAUUCUAAGAAGAUCUAUUGCGCUCCAGACAACGUGAGCACUAGUAGUGGCCAAUCUGGGGUCAAUGCAAAUAAGAAGGAGCAGUCUGCACUUCGGGCUGUUAUAAAGUGUGUUGAGGACCACAAACUCGAAGCUGAGUUUCCACUGGAGGAUCUCCGGAAACGACUUGAAGAAUUGGAGAUGGCCAAGACCGAGAAGAAAAAGGCAGCAUCGAGUUGUUCCAGUGGUGGCCCAGCAAGCAAGCGCAUCAAAGGGAGCGCUGGGGGAGCAAUGUCCCCUUCCAAGGCUGGUCGUCUAGGCGACAACACCGGUGCACCAUCUUCGCCCGCCACCGCCACCAGCAGCAGCACCACCACCGCAUUCAUCGGCUCACCAGCCUCCCAUGUCUCGUACGGUACUGGAUCUCCCUACUCUUAUGAUAGGCCAGCUGGGCACGCCCUCUACUGUGGCCAGAGCCCACCUGCAAUGAGGGAGCCAUAUGCAUACCCACCUGCGAUGCCGGUGCCUAAUGUUGGCCUUGGAAUGCCAUACCAAGCCCCUCCCAUGACCUACCCCAUCUACGCUGGAUACAACAGUGGCCUGGGAGCCUAUGGCAAUGCCAUGUCCCCAGCCUUCCACCAGGCUUACUACCGGUAGAAUCAGUCGGAAAUGACCAAAUGACAAGAGCCGAUGACGGCGGGGCUUCGUCAACGGUGCCCUGUUUUGUAGCGACUGACUACAACGGUAGGUUGCGCACGUCCUUAAUACAUCACUACUAGAUGCUUAUGUUACUUCGUUCUGUCCGGUUAUUAGCACUCAUGUUUACUUCCGCACUGAAAACUGAAGAACUGAAUGUAAAGUAUGGAUGCCGUGUAUGUGGACCUUUGUGUUGUAAUUCAGUUUAAAGCACUAGGCGAAAAACCAAAAAAAAUAUUAUGCAUGUAAUCCUCAAGCAUUGACUAUUAAUAUCUUCUGUUAGCUAUA